AUGCGGUUGGUGUCAGCCAAGGGAUCUGGUGUCACACAGGCGGACACAAUGGCCGCACUGUGUACCGUUCACAGCAUUGUUCUGCCCCUGCACCCGAUUCGUCCUCAGCUGGCCAGGGAGAAGAUUGAGGGAUGCCACAUCUGUACCUAUGUGAUGCCCGGGGAGCCCCAGGUGAUCCUGGGUAAAGACAAGUCUUUUACAUACGAUUAUAUGUUUGACAUGGAUUCCCAGCAGGACGCCAUUUACGCCAACUGUACAGAGAAGCUGAUCGACGGCUGUUUUGAGGGCUACAAUGCCACCAUCUUCGCCUAUGGACAGACGGGCUCAGGGAAGACUUACACCAUGGGGACCGGCUUUGACGUCAGCAUCGGGGUGAACGAAUUGGGCAUCAUCCCCCGGGCAGUCCACCAUCUCUUCAAGGGCAUUGAGGAGCGCCGGCAGGCCGCCCAGAAUCAGGGACACCCUGUGCCAGAGUUCAAGAUCAACGCUCAAUUCCUUGAGCUUUACAAUGAGGAGGUCCUGGAUCUCUUUGACUCUGUCCGAGACAUGAAGCAGAAAUCUCACAUCAAGAUCCAUGAGGAUGCCAGUGGAGGAAUCUACACAGUGGGGGUGACCACACGCACCGUUUCAUCUGAGGCCGAGAUGAUGCAGUGUCUGAAGCUGGGGGCUCUGUCUCGCACGACGGCCAGCACGCAGAUGAACGUCCAGAGCUCUCGGUCCCACGCCAUUUUCACCAUCCACCUGUGUCAAGUCCGCGUCUGUGCCUCUGACAAUCAAGACGAUGAGACCGACAACCGGGUUUCCAAUGGCAACUCUGAGAUGAAUGAGUUUGAGACUCUGACAGCCAAGUUCCACUUUGUGGACCUGGCAGGUUCAGAGAGGCUCAAGAGAACCGGGGCGACAGGAGAUCGUGCCAAAGAGGGCAUCUCCAUUAACUGUGGACUGCUUGCUCUGGGGAAUGUAAUCAGUGCUUUGGGAGACAAGAGCAAGCGGGCCUCCCAUGUGCCUUACAGGGAUUCAAAACUCACCCGGCUCCUUCAAGACUCACUAGGAGGAAACAGCCAAACAGUUAUGAUAGCAUGCAUCAGCCCAUCUGACCGAGACUUCAUGGAGACGCUGAACACUCUGAAAUACGCCAACCGGGCCAGAAACAUCAAGAACAAGGUGGUUGUGAACCAGGACAAAGCCAGCCAGCAGAUAAGUGCCCUGAGGACAGAGAUAGCACGGCUCCAGAUAGAACUGAUGGAGUACAAGACGGGUAAACGCAUGGUGGGUGAGGACGGCAUGGAAAGCUUCAGUGACAUGUUCCAUGAGAACACCAUGCUGCAGACGGAGAACAGCAACCUGAGGGUGAGGGUCAAAGCCAUGCAGGAGACCAUCGAUGCCCAGAGGGCCCGGCUCACCCAGCUCCUCAGUGACCAGGCCAACCAGGCCCUGGCCAGAGCAGGUGAAGGAGGAAGUGAGGAAAUUGGGAACAUGAUCCAGAGUUACAUCAAAGAGAUUGAAGAGCUCAGAGCCAAACUCCUGGAAAGUGAGGCCAUGAAUGAGAACCUGAGGAAGAACUUGUCACGCGCCUCCAACCGCCAGUCCUUCUACGGAGGACCCGGCCCCUUCUCUGGUGCGCUCCUGGCCCCGGAGAAGGAGACGUCAGACAUCAUCGAGCUCGCCAAGAAAGACCUGGAGAAGCUCAAGAAGAGGGAGAAAAAGAAGAAGAAAAGACUCCAGCAGCUGCUGGAAGACAGAGAGAGGGAGGGAGGGGAGCUGGUGCAGGAAGUGGUGGAGGACGCCAGUACCGUUAAGGAGGAGGUGCCUGACAAUGAGCAAGACAAAGGUGAUGAAAAGGAGCUCACAGAGCGAGCCAAUGAUGACGCUGAGAUGGAAGCCCAGGAAGGCAGUGACCAUGAGGAAGGAGAGGAGGAACAGGAAGAUGAAGAAGAGGAAAUGGAUGUGGAGGAGAGCUCUGAUGAUUCUGACUCUGACCCAGAUGAAAAAGAGAACUACCAGGCAGACCUAGCCAACAUCACCUGUGAGAUCGCCAUCAAGCAGAAGUUAAUAGAUGAGCUGGAGAACAGCCAGCGCCGUCUGCACACGCUCAAACAGCAGUAUGAGCAGAAGUUGAUGAUGUUGCAGUGCAAGAUCAGGGACACCCAGCUGGAGAGAGACCGUGUGCUGCAGAACAUGGGUUCAGUGGAGACUGGCACUGAGGAAAAGGCACGCAAGAUCAAGGCUGAAUAUGAGAAGAAGUUGAGUGUUAUGAACAAGGAGCUUCAGAAGCUCCAGUCAGCUCAGAAGGAGCACGCCCGCCUGCUGAAGAACCAGUCGCAGUAUGAGAAACAACUGAAGAAGCUGCAGAUGGAUGUGACAGAAAUGAAGAAGACUAAGGUUCGGCUGAUGAAGCAGAUGAAGGAGCAGCAGGAAAAGAAUAGGAUGAACGAGUCUCGCAGGAACAGAGAGAUCGCCAGUUUGAAGAAGGAUCAGCGCAAACAAGAGCACCAACUGAAAUUACUGGAGGCUCAGAAGAGGCAGCAAGAGCUGAUUCUGAGGAGAAAGACUGAGGAGGUGACUGCUCUGAGGAGGCAGGUCAGGCCCACCUCAGGGAAGGUCAUUAGGAAAGUUAUUCUGCCAGAACAAAUCCAGGACUCCUCCUACAGACCCCCCUCAGGACGCAUAUACUCCUCGGGCAACACCGCACCCAAUGGUACUCGGUCUUCCUACAGACGGUCAGGUGGUGUGUACUUCACCAGAUUGGCUCGGGGGAAAUGGCAGUCUCUGGAGCGUCGGAUCUCUGACAUCAUCAUGCAGAAGAUGACCAUCUCCAACAUGGAGACAGAUAUGAACCGCCUGCUCAAGCAACGGGAGGAGCUGACCAAGCGCAAGGAGAAAGUCAUAAGGAAGAGGGACAGGCUGGCGAAGGAGGGGCCGGAAGCAGAGAAGGCAUUGCUUCCUCUGAAUGAGGAAGUGGAUGCACUGGCAGCCAACAUUGACUACAUCAACGAUAGCAUAGCAGACUGCCAGGCUAACAUUAUGCAGAUGGAGGAGGCCAAGGAGGAGGGUGACACGGUCGACGUCUCUGCUGUGAUUAGCUCCUGUACCCUGUCAGAAGCUCGUUUCCUGCUGGAUCACUUUAUGUCCAUGACCAUCAAUAAGGGUUUGCAGGCGGCCCAGAAGGAGUCGCAGGUGAAGGUGAUGGAGGGCAGGUUGAAGCAGACAGAGAUAACCAGCGCCACACAGAACCAGCUGCUCUUCCACAUGUUGAAGGAGAAGGCUGAGUUCAACCCAGAACUGGACGCCCUGCUGGGGAACGCCCUGCAAGAGCUAGGUAACAUGCCAGCAGAAAAUGGGGAUGACAGCAGCAGUGAUGAGUCUGCCCAGAGUCCUUCUGCUGAAGGAAACACAUUGACCACAGACCUUAUGAAACUCUGCGGAGACACCAGAACGCGGAAUAAGGCUCGCAGGAGGACCACCACUCAGAUGGAGUUACUCUAUGCUAACAGUGACUCAGCCUCUGACACGCCCAAUGCCGACUUUUCUAGCCCACUGCUGCCACUGGCUGAAACACCUGAAGGGGGAGCAGAAUUGGAUUCAUCAGGCUCAUCAGUCAGGGACUACACUGCUCACUCCCCUGGCUUUUCCUCUAAAAUGGGCAGCAUUUUGGGCCCCAGAACUCCAUCGGGGGCAGAAAAGCGAGUUCCAGACCCCUCCCCACUCUCUCGCAGGAAGACCUAUGACAAGGGGCAAGCCGCGGCUGACAGGGCAAAGGUCAAGGAGAUCAAACAGGGCAUCAUAAACCCAGUCCCAUCCUCUAAGAGCAGCCGUUCAGCCACGUUGCAUUGUGUCCAUGUGGCUGAGGGCCACAACAAAGCUGUGCUGUGUGUGGACUGUACUGAUGACCUUCUCUUCACUGGCUCCAAAGACCGAACCUGUAAGGUGUGGAACCUGGUGACAGGCCAGGAGAUAAUGUCCCUGGCAGGUCACCCCAACAAUGUAGUGUCGGUACGUUACAGUUCCAGCCUGGUCUUCACCGUCUCCACCUCCUACAUCAAGGUCUGGGACAUCCGCGACUCGGCCAAGUGCAUCCGCACGCUGACGUCCUCUGGUCAGGUGAACGUGGGGGACAUCUGUGCAUCCACCACCAACCGGACAGUCACCAUUCCGGCAGGAGAGAACCAGAUCAACCAGAUAGCUCUCAACCCCAACGGCUCAGUCCUGUAUGCUGCUGCCGGAAACUCAGUCAGGGUCUGGGACCUGCGACGGUUUGCAUCCACGGGUAAGCUCACCGGUCACCUUGGGCCUGUCAUGUGUCUGACAGUGGACCAAACAGGAAACAACCAAGACCUGGUAAUCACAGGGUCCAAGGACCACUACAUCAAGCUCUUCGAUGUGACUGAAGGCUCUCUGGGUAGCAUCAGUCCCACACACAACUUUGAGCCUCCCCAUUACGAUGGCAUUGAGUCUCUGGUGGUCCAGGGGGACAUCUUUUUCAGCGGCUCCAGAGACAAUGGCAUCAAGAAAUGGGACCUGGAUCGUAAAGACCUGCUGCAGCAAGUGCCCAAUGCUCACCGUGAUUGGGUGUGUGCUCUGGGCGUGGUCCCUGGUUCUCCAGCCCUGCUGAGUGGCUGCAGGGGAGGGGUCCUCAAGCUGUGGCACACGGACACUCUUGGGACCUUGGGGGAACUAAAAGGCCACGAGAGCCCCAUCAACAGCAUCUCCACCAACAGCAGCCAUCUGUUCACCGCCUCUGAUGACCGGACAGUGAAGAUCUGGCGUGCACGCGGUGGACUGGACAGCACCUUAGAGACCGCUGACAAUGUAGAUGAGGUGGCUAGUAACUGAACGCUGCGCCCCCUGCUGGUCUCAACCAUGGAAGGACACUUAAAGCAGCCUGUGAUGCCGCUGCCCUGCACUUUGACUCCAGCCUUCUAAAGCCCAACACC